AUGCCAACCUACAUUGACGAGUGCAUAUCACUGGUGGAAAACAAGCUUCUCUCGGCCCGCUUCGAGACACAGGCUGCUAAGAUCCGAAUCGAAACCAAUCCUGCGAAGAUCUUGUUUGGUGACGAUUUACCGGUUUCGCUAUGGGCGCAGAGCCGUCGCAGGGUUGAGGUCCUCGUCGACAUGACGUUGUCCGGAGUCCAACGGUUUCUGAAGAGUCUCGCCGAUCACGGUGUCGGAGGUGGAGGAGAACAUGGCGGGGUCCGCUACCGCUUCGUGGAGGAUACUAAACUGGAAUCGGACCUUUCGACUCAGUGA